CCCGUCGUCACAAACAAUCACCCAGAAAAGGGCAUAUGCUUCCAACGUACCCGUACCCAGAAAAGGGCAUAUGCUACCGUCGUCACCGCUUCCAACGUACCCGUAUCCUGUCCCUUCUCUUUCUCUCUCUCUACAAUCUAGGGUUUAAGUUUACCCCGCCGAUGACAGCGUACAUUUUGACCCUCCUCAAACCCUAAAGAAAGCAAAUUCCCCAAUACGCUCUCUGUUUCUCAAUAAUAAAUUAUGGACGGAGUCGAUAAUGGAGGCGAGGCGUCCGGUUCUAGCGGCGGUGAUCAUCCGGCCCCAGCUCCGAUGCCGAGCGCAAAUGCGCCGCCGCCGUUCUUGAGUAAGACGUACGAUAUGGUCGAUGACCCGGCAACCGACCCAAUAGUGUCGUGGAGCCCCACGAACAACAGCUUCGUGGUGUGGAACCCGCCCGAGUUCGCCAGGGACCUCCUGCCCAAGUACUUCAAGCACAACAAUUUCUCCAGCUUCGUCAGGCAGCUCAACACCUACGGUUUCAGGAAGGUUGAUCCAGACCGCUGGGAAUUUGCAAAUGAGGGCUUCUUGAGGGGCCAAAAACACCUGCUUAAGAGUAUUAGUCGGCGAAAACCUGCUCAUGGACAUAGUCAUCAACAGCCACAGCAAUCACAUGAACAGAGUUCAUCACCGGCAGUUUGUGUAGAGGUUGGGAAGUUUGGCCUGGAGGAAGAGGUUGAGAGGCUUAAGAGGGACAAGAAUGUGCUUAUGCAGGAACUUGUCAGGUUGAGGCAGCAGCAACAGGCAACUGAUAGUCAGCUGCAAACCAUGGUGCAGCGUCUUCAGGGGAUGGAGCAGAGGCAGCAACAGGUGAUGUCAUUCCUGGCAAAGGCUGUGCAGAGUCCUGGCUUCUUGGCCCAGUUUAUGCAACAGCAAAAUGAGGGCAACAAGCGCAUAACUGAAGGCAGCAAAAAACGGAGGCUUAAGCAAGAAGAUAUUUCCGAGAGGGAAGAUUCUCCUGCUCCUGAUGGACAGAUUGUUAAGUAUCAACCACUAAAGAAUGAGGCAGCAAAGGCAAUGCUCAGGCAGAUUAUGAAAAUGGAUGCUUCCUCCAGGCUGGAAUCUUUUAAUGAUGAAGAUGGUUUACUGAUUGCCGAUGGUCCAUCAUCAACCAGUGCAAUGGACAGUGGGAGCUCUACAAGCCAUGUAUCAGGAGUGACUCUGCAAGAGGUCUCACCAACUUCUGAGAAAGUUGCAACUCCAUUCCCAGUCCCAGAUAUGAGUCUACUGGUUGGAGCACAAGAUGCACCUUCCAUUUCUGUUCCUGAGGCCAAUGUAAUCAUGCCUGAGCUUUCUCAAAUACCUGAAAUGAUGCCCGAAAGUAUUGUGGACAUUCCCAAGGAAAAUUACAUGGGACCUGAGACAGGCAAUGGGGGAUUUUUAGAUCCCACAUUGGAAGUUAAUGGGUCUCUUCCCAUAGAAAUGGAUGAUAUCUCCCCAGAUCCUGACAUUGAUCUCUUUCUAAGUGAUCCCAACUUUUGGGAUGACCUUGUGCAAAGUCCAGUGCCGGAAGAUAUUGAAUCAAAUUCUGUGCAUGGUAUGUCCAAGGAAAAUGAAGCACAGCCAAUGGAGAACGGAUGGGACAAUGUUCAGCAUCUGGACAAGCUUACAAAACAAAUGGGCCUUCUUACAUCAGAUAUGAAAGAGGCCUGAUAUUGGUUACUACAUGUACAUUAGUUUCACUCAUCGGAUGAGCUUGUAAGAAAGCCCUUUCCAAGGAUAGUGCCAUAAGCUGUGCAGGAUAUUCCUACGCGACAAGAUCAUGCAUGCUGAUCGUACACUUUAGUGUCAAGAAUAUAUGCUUGCUACUGAAAAAAGAGGGUGUUAUUACCUAGCGUGAAGUUAUUAAUUAUUAAUUCUAUGAUAUUAACUUGAUUGUGGAGUUAUUUUAGCCUCUUUCUCCUUUGAUUACUAAUUUUAGUGGACUAUUUAUAUAGAGAUUAAAAAGGAUGAAAUAUUUUCGUUAUUUUGUUAUUUUAA